AUGUCUGCACCAGCUGCACCGGCCGGCGGCCUGAAUCUUACCCCCGAGCAGCAAGAGAACUUCGAGGAUAUUGAGAAGCAAUUCGCUGUCAAAGUCGUCCAACAUAUGGAGACAUAUUGGAAUAUCCUCGAGAAAGUCCGCGGCUCGCAAUUGCGGCUCACCAAGAUCGACGACGAGAUCUACAAGCACUUCAAGGAGACUUUCCCUGAGUUCGACGCAUCGGCUACCAUAAACGAAGACGAGAUGAAGAGCAAGGAGGGCAAGGAGAAGUGGAGGAACUUCAUCAACCAAUACGAGAAGAAGAUUGACGACUUCAACUUCGGCACCAUGCUCCGUGCGAGCCCCAAAACCGAAUACGGAGAGAAAGAAACGAUAUUUGCUGUGCGCAUGCAGUUUUACGCCAUUGAGAUUGCGCGAAACAAAGAAGGACUGAACGACUGGAUCUAUGAAAAAGCGCAUGCCGGUGGCAAAUAA